UUCUUUCAGGAGGGCAACGCUACGAGAGAGGUUCUUGUCAAGAAGGGGCUGCGAGAGCUGGGGAUGAAGAGUCUGCAUGAUGUGUGUGAGGAGAUUCAAUGUGGGAUAGACGGAUGUAGGUAUGUGAGCUCGUCCAUUGAGGAGUACGAGCGGCAUUACGCUCACUCGCAUGUUAACACCUGCUCCAUCUGCAAGGCAAACUUUCGCACCUGCCGAUUGUUGGGGCUGCAUGUCCAGGAGACUCACGACAGCUUCUUUCGGGCGAUGGCGAAGCGGGAGAACAUGUACGAAUGCCUGGUGGAAGGAUGCGGCAAGAAGUUCAAGGGCGAGCUGCAGCGUCACUGGCACCUGGUCAAUGUGCACAAGUAUCCCAGAAGCUUGCGAUUCAAC